ACUAACGCAUCAUAACACCUAGAUGAACGAUACAACGUCAAUUUAUAGAGUAGAAAGAAGUAAAAGAAAUGUCAAUUUAAUUGGCGAAUAGGUUUUCACAAAUUUUUUGAACGAACACAGAGCAACAAUUUCAAUAUUUUGAAGUGUCUGCUUUGGAUCGAAUGCACAAUUUCUAUCGUGUGUGGAAAAAUUGGAAUCUCAAGUCUUGAAUGGAGUUCAGACCUCGGGAUUACAGUGCUGAAGCAAAGCUGUUUUUGCUGCAUCGUGAUCGCGCAGAAACGGAUCCUCUUUCUGUUCCAUCGUCCCAGCAGGCCAACAUUGCUGAUGAUCAAAUUGUCAAAUAUGAUGAUCCACUUAGAGCGUCAGAUGACGAUGCAACUGUUUCAGGCGUCUAUUUGGAAGAUAAAGAAAAUUCUUCUGCCACAGGAGUGCCUUCUGAAUCUGUCUUUCCACCUGCAGAAAGGGAUUGGUCCUCGUUCACGAGAUUCAUGAUGCAGAGAUUUUCUGUCUCUAAAUUGGUCUCAGUUACUUCAGUGUCCAAUGCAAUAUUAAAAGUUGGGAAAACAUACGAGAGAUCUUCAACUGACAAGCAUUUGGAGGAACUUGAAGAUCCUCAGAACAUUACAGAAAAUGAAGUCAAGGUUGUUACACGCCAAGAUUAUAUUAACCGCUUGCGUGAAUUCAAGGAUGACUUGGUUCGUGCUUGGAAUGCAAGUGAUCGCGUGACAUCUUUGAAGAUAUCUGUGAAGGUUGCCAAGCUUCUGAAGGAUACGUCUGUUUUGCAAUUUUAUCCCACACUUUUUGUUCUAGUCACAGAUAUUUUGGAUAUGCUUGGAAAUUUUGUGUGGGAUCGCAUCAGGAGUAAAGCUGAGUUCACUGAAGAUGGGGCCAGAUUUUGCUCCUUGCCAGAGCACUUCAAAAUAAAGGACAUUUGCCAAAACGCAAAGGAAACAUGUUAUAACUGGUUUUGCAAAGUUGGUGCCAUUCAAGAACUUCUUCCGCGCAUUUAUUUGGAGUUGGCUUUAUUGCCUUGUUGGCAAUUCUUGGAUGAUCAACCUGUUGUCGUCAUACAGCGCUUGGUGAUGAUGGCUAGAGGAAUAGCUGAUCCUUUGGCAUCUGCUUAUUGUCGUUUGUACUUGACUCAUUGUGCACAGAAGUUGCCCUCGUGUGAUAUAGGAUUGCUAGUGUCAUGUGUCAAUGACACGAAUGCUCAAUUGAAACAUUUCAUACCAGCAAAAGAAACCAAAACUGGCAGUUCUACGGAUAGCAAAGUCUUGCUUGUUGGUGUGAUAGAGCCUACAAUCGAAUAUAUUGUAAAAUGCAUAUUUAAGAAUGUCUCUCAGAGACAAUUAGAGGGAACACUUAUAGCGCUUGGACUGGGAAGAAAUAUGGAGAAUUCACAGUGUGUCUCAAUCGUUCUUCAUUACAUACUAAAGGAACUUCCUGUUGAAGUAUUAAGCUCGAAGGCUAUGGAAUUUCUCCACCUUAUUGAUCGCAGCAACGAUUCAUCCUUCCGUCAGUUCUUGAAUUACAGGUUACAUGGGAUCAGGCUUUGUGAAAGGAGACCUCCUGUGGAUAUUGUGGAUGCCGUAAUGCAUAAUGUACUUGAGGUUAUUGCGCAAAAUGAGAGCCUCGACGAGUAUCUGACAGUCAUUGAUGCCUAUUUGGAUAUUGUACUUCAAAAUCAUUUGGAUAGCCGUGUAAAAACGAUUUUAGAUGCGAUUUCACAGCGAACAUGCAAUAGAGGGAUAGAUGAGAAUGGACUCCUCAGUUUGCAGUCAAUUAUGGGGAAGCUUCUUUCUCAUUACCAGCAUUUGGAAGAUGUAUUUGCACUAAGCCAUUUUCUGGAGAUUUUGGAUUUGCUUGUCGGAAGACCAAAAGGCAUUAUCAUUAUUAAUAUUCUUAAGAUGGCUACAAGGAGCUCCUAUAUACGUGAUCCAGCAACCGUAGAAUUGCUUUUUGAAAUUUCCCAGGCUCUUAAUGAUAGCUUUGAUUUUGCCAACAUGAAAGAUGAUGAAAAUCAACCAGCACAUUUGCUUUCUCGUUUUGUCCAACUGGUGGACUUUGGGAAAGAGAGGGAGCGCCAUCUAGCAUUCCUUGUUGAGUGUCGUGGAGCAUUUGGUACCAUAGAUGAGGUUAAGGACACUCUCGUGCAUUGUAGCAAUGGUUUAGCAGUAAAGGCUUUAAAAGAUGCGAAGAAGCAUGGCAAUUUUGUCAAAUCCUGCAUAGCGUUUUCUGAAGUCACAUUACCGUCAAUAUCAACUCAUAUUAAGCAGUUCAAUCUUUACCUUGAGACUGCGGAGGUUGCUUUAUUAGGUGGUUUAAUUUCUCAUUCGGGUGAUUUAAUAGAUUCAGCAAUCAGCUGUUUGCACAAUGUGGACAUUAAGGAAGGCUCCCGCGCAGCAGCCGACGCUGAUCUUUUACUCUCCUCAAUUCAAAAGUUAUGCAGCCUCUUGGUUAUGCUUCCUGGUAAUCCUGAUCAUGGAAGUGCAUACUUCCCGAAGAUUUUGGUAUCAUUUGUAAAUGAUAUACCAUGGAUGACACCUAAAAUGAGGACGAGGAUUUUAUGUGCUAUACUUUCAUUGUUGGCUACAUGUUCCCAAAAUAGACUCCCAUAUCAUGCAGAUAAUGGACUGUUCUGGGGUUCGAACAAUGUCUUCUUCGGCGACUCGGCCUACUUGCAUGAACUUGUCUCUUUGUCUGAGCUUAUUGUACAGAAUCUAGUUAAUGCUAUUCAGCAAGAGUCUUCUGGGGCCGCACGUGGAAUACUGGCGCUUGAAGUUUGUGAUUCCAUCUUAUCGUCUUUCACUCUAAAAGACGAAACAUAUGCAAUUUGCUCCAAUCUGAUGGGGACUGCUAAACUGUGUAUGAGUGACCGCAACAAAUAUUUGCAGUCAACCUUCCAACGCCUAGAGGAGAAGUCACAAUCGUCAGUGAAAUGCUGAUGGGAAUGUGUAGUGAAUAUUACGUGAAUCAAUUGGGCAAGUAGCCUGGAAAUGGCCCCAUAGGUUGAGAUUGAUUUACUCAUUUGUGUGAUUUUAGUGGUAGAAACUAAAAGUUGAUGGGUGAGAAUGAAAAAAUGUAAUAGUUGAAGCACUUCAGUUGAAAAUGGGAUAAAAAAUGAGGGACCAAAUUGCAAUUAAGCCAAACUUGGUCCCCAAAAAAAUGAAUAAAAAUACUUGGUGUCCCUGCAUGCUGCAGAGUUGUAAA